AAUGUGUAAUUACACUGUGUAACCCGAUUAAUAAAGUGAAUUUUAUUUAUAUUUACAUUUAGUCAGUUAGUGGACACUUUUAUCCAAAGCAUUUUAUAACAAUAGAAACAUAUUUGGGAAUUUGCUCCACCUAGAUUAAAAUGUCAUAUGUUUAGGCUGACUGGAGUACUCAUCUCAUUAGAUCAUAAUGAGUUGGGAAAAAUGCUGAGUGCAACUUUUGAUUUAUUUUAGCGCUCCUAUUAAAUGUUAAAAUGCUUGGAUAUAUAUUUCCAGGUGCUUCAAUCUGUUGCAGUCUUCCUCAUACUCAGAUAUAUCUGAUGCAGAUUUAGAUGAAAAAAUUAGGGAUAUAGUGGCUGGAAAUGACCAACUUGGACCAGAGGCAGUUCGAGCACAACUGAGGACAGAGGGAAUUCGGGUUCAGAGGUGCAGAGUGCGGAGCAGUAUGCAUCGUGUCAACCCAAGGGCUGCAGCUCUCAGAGCAAUGUCUCAGAGACUACGUAGAAGGUCCUACCGUGUCGCAGGACCUAAUUCUUUAUGGCAUCUUGAUGGAAAUCACAAACUAAUAAGAUGGAGGAUAGUAAUUCAUGGUGCCAUUGAUGGCUACAGUCGGCUUGUCACCUUUCUCCAAGCAUCUAACAACAAUCGCAGCAGCACUGUCAUGAACUGCUUCUUGGAUGCCAUUUCCAAAUAUGGAGUCCCUUCCAGAGUAAGGACUGACCAUGGGGGAGAGAACAAUGCAGUGUGCUUGUUCAUGAACCUGUUCAGAGGCACUGAACGAGGGAGUGCUCUUAGAGGAAGAAGUACACACAAUCAGAGGAUUGAAAGACUUUGGGUCGAUCUGUGGCGUGGGGUGUCAAAUGUGUACUAUGACCUUUUCCACUUUCUUGAGAGUGAGGGCAUUGUGGAUGUAGAUAAUGAAAUGCACAUGUGGGCUCUGCAAUAUGUCUACAUCCCAAGAAUUAACAAAGACUUGACAAAUUUUACACACCAGUGGAACAAUCAUGGUUUACGAACCGAGAGACACCAGUCACCUCUACAAAUCUUUGUCCGGGAUUGCCUGGCACAACAGAGUCUGCCAAGUACUGCAAUGCAGGAGAUAUUUGCAAGACCCUCAGACUCCACUGGAGGAGAGACUAAUUCAGCAGAGCUUGUUGGUGGUGACAGUCAUUCUGUAUCUGGAGCGGUAUCUCAUGUGCAUUGGCUUGAACGAGUUACCGUACCUCCAAACCAGUUCACUGUGACUGAUGAUGAGAUGAAACAACUCACAGAACAAAUUGAUCCACUUGAAGGUCCCCGGGAAAAUCUUGGAGUAAAUGUACUUAAAGAUGUCCUUUCUUUUGUGGAAAACCUUAGAAUGUAAAUUGACAUUUAACAGUGUCACUGUUACUUGUUUGAAGUGUUUUACAUGGCAUGUGUCAUAUUCUGAUCGGUAUCUCCCCUUUACUUUCCUGACUCAUUUAUAG